AUGGCCCUCCUGGUCCCCAGGGACCUCCAGGACCACCACCCCAAUGGGGUUAUCCCGGCCAGCAGUGGCGGCAACCCCCCGCCUCAGCCCUAUCCCCCUCAGCCCUACGGCCAUCACCCGCAGCCGUCAUAUCCAGGCCCCAAUCAUUCUCCCUACCCGCCCUCGCCCUAUCCUCCUUACCCUCAAUAUCCUCCCCAGGCUCCCUCUCCCUAUGGCCACAGUCCUUCCCCUCGGCCUUAUUCACACCAUCACAAUCUGAGUGCCCCUCAGAAUGGAAUUCCUCGGGCAAAUUCUCCUAGUUUGCCCCCACCCCCACCACAGAACCUUCAGCAUUUCGGAGGAGGGGCUCCGUCAAAUUAUCAGUUCCAGUACUCGGCCUGUACAGGUCGGCGCAAGGCUCUAUUGAUGGGAAUUAACUAUGCUGGCCAACCGAACGCCCUGAAAGGUUGCAUCAACGAUGUGACCAACAUGUCUAAUUUCCUGACACAGCGAUUCGGCUACAAGCGCGAGGACAUGGUCAUUCUCACCGACGACCAAUCCAACCCGAUGAGCAUCCCCACCAAGGCCAAUAUCCUGCGCGCGAUGCAGUGGCUCGUCAAAGACGCCCAGCCCAACGACUCCUUGUUCGUCCACUUCUCCGGUCACGGCGGUCGCACCCCCGAUUUGGACGGCGAUGAGGAUGAUGGGUUCGACGACGUCAUCUACCCGCUUGACUACCGCGUGGCUGGGCACAUUGUAGACGACGAUAUGCAUGCGAUCAUGGUGCGUCCCCUGCGACCGGGAGUGCGUCUGACGGCGAUCUUCGACUCCUGCCACUCAGGCACCGCUCUGGAUCUACCCUACGUCUACUCCACGCAGGGUGUUCUCAAGGAACCUAAUCUGGCCAAGGAAGCUGCCCAGGAUCUUUUCAGCGCUUUCACCUCCUACGGACAGGGUGAUCUAUCUGGCAUGGCGUCGACGGCGAUUGGAUUUUUCAAAAAGGCGGCCAAUGGUGGAUCCGCCCGUGAGCGCACGAUCAUGACCAAGACCUCCCCGGCAGAUGUGGUGAUGUUUUCAGGGUCCAAGGACACACAGACAUCAGCGGAUACGUUCCAGGACGGACAAGCGCGUGGGGCGUUGAGUUGGGCGUUCAUCAAAUCCCUGCAGCAAUGGCCUCAUCAGAGCUAUCUGCAGCUCUUGAAUACGAUCCGAAAUGAACUCGAGGGCAAAUACUCCCAGAAGCCGCAGCUGAGCUGCAGCCAUCCUCUUGGUAAGUCCCGGUGUGUAUUUUAG